AUGAGUUCCUAUUUCGUGAACUCCACCUUCCCCGUCACUCUGGCCAGCGGGCAGGAGUCUUUCCUGGGCCAGCUCCCGCUCUACUCGUCGGGCUAUGCGGACCCGCUGAGACACUACCCCACGCCCUACGGGCCCGGGCCCGGCCAGGACAAGGGCUUUGCAGCUUCCUCCUAUUACCCGCCGGCCGGCAGCGGCUACGGCCGGGCGGCGCCCUGCGACUACGGGCCGGCGCCGGCCUUCUACCGCGAGAAGGAGUCGGCCUGCGCGCUUUCGGGUGCCGACGAGCCGCCCCCGUUCCACCCGGAGCCGCGGAAGUCCGACUGCGCGCAGGACAAGAGCGUGUUCGGCGAGGCGGAGGAGCAGAAGUGCUCCACCCCAGUCUACCCCUGGAUGCAGCGGAUGAAUUCAUGCAACAGUUCCUCCUUUGGGCCCAGUGGCCGGCGAGGCCGCCAGACCUACACGCGCUACCAGACGCUGGAGCUGGAGAAGGAGUUUCACUACAAUCGCUACCUGACGCGGCGGCGGCGCAUCGAGAUAGCGCACGCCCUGUGCCUGACGGAAAGGCAGAUCAAGAUCUGGUUCCAGAACCGGCGCAUGAAGUGGAAAAAGGAGAGCAAACUGCUCAGCGCGUCUCAGCUCAGUGCCGAGGAGGAAGAAGAAAAACCAGCCGAAUGA